AUGAGUUCAACAGGAAAAAAGCCAUUUAAUGAUGAUAGUAACGAAUAUGGAAGAAAAAAGAAACGCUUAAAAAAGCUAGCAAGUAAUUUAUUCGAUGAUGAUGAUUAUGAAGAAAAAGAAAUAUCCAAUAAAAAUAAUGAUGAAAUAAAAGAUAAUAAUAAAGAAGAUAAUUUAUAUGAAAAAAAGGUAUUAAAUAAAACUAGUUAUGAUAUAAAAUCAUACUUUAAAUCUAGUUCAAAAGAUAUAGAAGAAAAAAGUUCAAUAAAAAAAUCAAAUACAAGCGAUAAUAAAGUUGCUGUGAAAAAUGUAAAUGAUUAUUUUAACAUACUACAGAAAGGAAAUAAAAAUAUAAAAAGUGAAGAUAUAAAUUCUAAUGUAAAAAAAGAAAGGGAAGAAAAUGAUAUAAUAAGUGAAGACGGAAAUAAAAAAAAAUUUAUAUCACCAGAAAAAAAUAAGACAAAAGACGAGAAUAAUCAAAACUUACCAAGUUUUGAUUAUUUACCAUUUAAUAAUCAAAAAUUUGUAUUAACAGGAGUAUUUAAAAAAUUUUCAAGAGAUGAACUGCAAUCCAAAAUAAAGGAACAUGGAGGAAGUGUAAUGACAGCUGUAUCAACAAAAACACAUUAUCUAAUUCAUGGAGAAUACCUAGAAGAUGGAAGACUAUAUAAUGAAGGAAGAAAGUAUUUAAAAGCAUUUGAAUUACAACAACAAAAAAAAUCAAAUAUUAAAAUAUUAAACGAAGAAGAAUUUUUAAAAUUGCUUCCGGAGGAAAAAAAAGAUGAUCAUAUUUCAACUGUUAAUGAAACAGGAAAACAAGAAAUUACAAAAAAUGAAAAAAGUGAUAUAUCAAAUGAAAUAUCUACAGAUACUAAUUAUAAAACAAAUAAAACUGGAAACAAUGAAGUGGACAAUGAAAAAAUCCUUAAUCAGUUAUGGGUUGAAAAAUACAAACCUAAAAAUAUAGAUGAACUAGUAGGAAAUAAUCAAAACGUUUUAAAAUUGCAAAACUGGUUAGCUAACUGGGAAGAUGUAUGUAUUAAGGGAAUAAAAAGAGAAGUAAAAAAAACAUUCCGAGGAAUUUUUGAAAAUGUAAACGCUCGAUGUGCUUUAUUAAGUGGACCUGCAGGAAUUGGGAAAACAACUACGGCAAAGCUGGUAUCUGAACAAUCUGGUUAUAAUGUCAUUGAGUUUAAUGCGUCAGAUGAGAGAAAUAAGGCUGCGGUUGAAAGAAUUAGUGAAAUGGCAACAGGUGGUUAUUCUAUAACUUCAAUAAAUAAUCGUAAAUUAACAAAAACUUGUAUUAUUAUGGAUGAAGUAGAUGGUAUGUCAAGCGGUGACAAAGGUGGAAGUACAGCAAUUUUAAAAUUAAUAGAAAAAACAAAAUGUCCUAUUAUAUGUAUAUGUAAUGAUAGACAAAAUAAUAAGAUGAGAACUCUAGCUAAUAAAUGUUAUGAUUUAAAAUUUACCUUGCCUCAAAAAAAUAGUGUUGUUAAAAGACUGUUAGAAAUAUGUAAUAAAGAAAAAAUUAUGAUGGAACCAAAUGCUUUAGAAUUAUUAUGGGAAAGUACUCAUGGGGAUAUGAGGCAAAUGCUAAAUACUCUACAACUAUUAUCUAAAACUUAUACAAGAAUUCAAUUUUUAGAUUUGAAAAAAGAACUUAAUAAUUCCAAUAAGAAUGUACAAUCUUUAGCUAAUCCAUUUGAAAUAACACUUAAGCUCUUAAAUUUUCAUGAAUCAUCAAAAUUAAAAAUAAGAGAAAUAAUGGAUUUAUUUUUUGUUGAUUAUGAAUUAAUCCCAUAUUUUAUUAGUGAAAAUUACACUAAUGUUUUUAAUGACAAUGAUAAAUCAGCAGGUUCUUUAAAUAAAUGGAAUGCAUAUUCUCAAAUAGCUUAUGAUCUAUCUUUGGCUGAUAAAAUAAAAUAUAAUAUGAAAAGUACUAUGGAUUUCUCCUUAUUGCCACAUUUUUGCAUUUUAUCUUGUGUGUGCCCAGUUAUGCGAAUAAAACUACUAAAAUCUUUUAUGUCAGGUAGAGUUAACUUUCCUUCAGCAUUUGGAAAGAUUUCUACUUUUAAUAAAAAUAAAAGAUUACUUAAUGAAUUAUGUUUUAAUUUAUCAUAUAAACUUAAUGUAUGCCCAAAAUAUAUGGUUACCUCUGGAUUUUUAAAUUAUAUAUACUUUAAAAUUAUGACUCCAUUACUUAAAAAUAAUACAAAUGAAACAAUAACAUUUAUGGAAGAUUACAAUAUUACAAGAGAAAUGAUAACCGAACAUUUACCCUCUCUAAGAUUAUCAAAUCAAGAAAACUUAUACGAGAAACUUGAUUCAAAAGUAAAGUCUUCAUUUACUCGUUUAUAUAAUGCUUCUCAUGUUAUUAAAAAUGAUCCUAAUUCUUUAAGAAAGACUUUUAAAUUAAAUGAAAAAACUAAUAUCUUUAAAAUUAAUGAGUAUGGAUCCGAUGAAGACAUAGACAACUUAAGUGACACAAAAGAAGAAAAAGAUGAUGAUUUAUUAAUUAAAAGUAAGAUAGAUAAAAAGAGUACUAUGAAAAUUAAAUCUGCAACGAAACCCAAAGCAGUUAACAAAAAUAUAAAAAAAAAAAAAUAA